GCUGUCUUGAUUGAAAGUUACGUGCCUGCUUUAAACUACGAGAAGUUUCCUUGUAAGGAGAACCUCUUGUGGAGGGGAGCGUGCUAAUACCAGUUUCUGUGGUUGCGUCAAGACGAAAGGUAGUACGAAUAUCGUAUUUAACACGAACAUGGCUGGGGUUCACGGUAGUGGUGGCAAGCAGAGUGGUGGGGACACUGUGGAUGCCUUAAAAUGGUCGGGAAAGAGGUCAGAUGCAGUAGGUAAUACUACUGGGGAAAUGCAGUCUGUCUCCAGCAACAAUAAAGCAGCAGGUUCUGACCCUUACCGCUACAAGAUGGACUACCCCUGCCUUGGAAAGUGUGUUAUUAUCAACAAUAAGAACUUCCACAGUAGCACAGGGAUGACCGCUCGUAAUGGGACGGAUGUAGAUGCCGCUUUUGCUAUCAAGACGUUCACUGAUCUGGGUUAUAAGAUCAAAGUGGAGAACGACCUGACUGUGGAAAAGAUAAAUCAGCUUCUGUCAAGUGUAUCCGAGGAGGACCACAGUGGAAGUGCAUCAUUUGCAUGUGUGUUGCUAAGUCAUGGAGAUGAGGGGGUGAUAUAUGGCACAGACGGCUGUGAAAAGUUUGAAAACCUGACAAAAUACUUUAAAGGAGACCGCUGCAGGAGCCUGGUGGGGAAACCAAAGCUCUUUUUCAUACAGGCGUGCCGCGGUUCAGACCUGGAUGGUGGGAUCGAGACUGACAGUGUAGAAGAGCAAACAUCAGAGAGGAUUCCUGUGGAGGCAGACUUCCUCUAUGCAUAUUCCACUGCUCCAGGCUACUACUCAUGGAGAAACACUUAUAAUGGUUCCUGGUUCAUACAGGCAUUGUGUGAGAUGUUGCAGCGUCACAAGGGAGAGCUGGAGCUCAUGCAGAUCAUGACCCGAGUCAACCACAAGGUGGCGCUGGAUUUUGAGUCGUCUUCCAACCUACCUGGAUUUAGUGGCAAGAAGCAGAUCCCAUGUAUUGUCUCAAUGUUGACCAAAGACUUCUACUUUCCUAAGUAGGUAGCUUUUUUUUUUAAAGAACAAACAACCUACUGUGGAGAACUGAGUCUAAAGUCGUGGCUGUCAAUAUCAGAUGUCUGUUGCCUUUGGCCACAUGCCAGGGUGUUAUGGUGCAUUGUGUUGAUCGUACAAACAGGAUAAUAUUAAUUUUAAUGUCACUACAAGGAUACCCAAAUGCACUAUCGGCGUGUUGGACCAAUUUCAAGGGAUGCAUUUUCAGUAAGCUUGUCAGUGAUUACACACUUCAACAUCAGUCUUUAAUUUUAGUUUAGUUUAGUUUUUUACUAUAUAUUUACAGUGUGGGAAGAACAAUUAGUUUACUACAUACUCAACUUGUCAGCUUUUUUUGUCAGUCUUUAAAUUCAGUAAAUGCGCAAACCCAUCACUGACUGUCCAUUAAGGUUUUGAUAUUCUAACCAGGCCACAACUUCAAAAUUACUCUUUUUUUUUUUUUUUCCCCCAUCAUUGUCUGUUCAGUUUCUUAUGAUCAGUAUACCUGCUUGUAAACCUACAAAAUAAUCAUAGUAUUAAUAAUAAAUACUCUAAAUGUC